GGCAAGCGCGACAGCGACUGCGACUGUGACCGCAGAAAACGAGGAGAGGCCAGUGCGAUUAUAGACAUCGGUGGCAAAGAUGAAGUCGUUCUGGCUCGCCGCAAUCUACGGGAUUCUCCUGAUUCACUGGACGCAAGCCAAUCCUAUUUUAAGCGAUCCCAAAGUGGCCACUGAGUUCAUUAUACUACACAAUAAUGAUAUGCAUGCCCGGUUCGAGCAGACGAGCGUUAAUAGUGGCACCUGUUCUCCGGAAGAUGCACAUACAAAUAAAUGCUAUGGAGGAUUCGCCCGUGUGGCCUACGAAGUUCGAAAAUAUCGCAAGGAGGCAAAGGAGGGAGGAACUUCCGUUUUGUAUUUAAAUGCCGGUGACACCUACACUGGAACCGCUUGGUUUACUAUUUUUAAGGACAAAAUCGCAAGCGCUUUCCUCAACAAAUUGGAACCCGAUGCCAUAUCACUGGGCAACCACGAAUUCGAUGAGAGAGUGGAGGGUCUGAUACCCUUUCUCAACGAAGUUAACUUCCCUGUACUGGCCUGCAAUCUGGAUCUCAGCAAGGUUCCCGAGUUGAAGGCCACCAAGCACUUGGCCCACUCCGCCAUCCUGGAGGCUAAUGGCACCAAGAUAGGUGUUAUUGGUUAUCUGACCCCAGAUACCAAAAAACUCACUCUUAAUAUGGAUGUAGAGUUUAAGGAGGAGGUGGAGUCCAUCAAUGCUGAGGCCAAGGGACUAAAGGCCCAGGGCAUUAAAAUCAUCAUUGCUCUGGGUCACUCGGGUUACUCGAAGGAUCAGGAGAUAGCCAAGAACUGUCCGGAGGUGGACAUCGUGAUUGGUGGGCAUACGAACACAUUCCUCUACAACGGUGCCCAGCCGGAUGCGGAACACAUUGAUGGACCGUAUCCCACGAUGGUCAAGCAGAAGAGCGGCAAGGAGGUUCCAGUGGUUCAGGCCUAUGCGUAUACCAAGUACCUAGGAAAACUCCAUGUACAGUUUGAUGCCGAGGGCAAUCUCAUAAAGUGGGAUGGUGCUCCUAUUCUGCUCAACGCUUCAGUGGCCCAGGAGCAGGAUCUCCUGGAACUGUUAGAGGUCUAUCGCCCGAAUGUAACUAGAUUGGAGAAGGCGGUCGUGGGACACUCGAAGGUUCAUCUGGAGGGACGCAAGGAGAUCUGUCGGGCUGAAGAGUGUAACCUGGGCAACCUGGUGACCGAUGCAUUUGUUUUUAGUCGGAUUAUGGAGGAUCAGGGUGGAGAUUUCUGGACGGAUGCAGCCAUAUCUCUGAUGCAGGGAGGAGGCAUUCGCAGCUCCAUUGAAAAGCGAUCCGAUGGCUCUAUCACCGACAGCGACAUCCUGUCCGUUCUGCCCUGGGAAAAUGAUCUCUUUAUGGUGCCCAUGUCGGGCAAAAGUCUUCGAAGGGCUUUGGAGCAUGGUGCUGGGUUAAGGGGCAAGGAUUCGGACGGUGGCUUCUUGCAGGUAUCCGGAAUCCACGUGGUCUUCAACCUAAAAAAACCCGAGGGUCAGCGAGUGGUCUCCGUGCAAGUUCGAUGUGCCGCCUGCCGAGUUCCCACCUAUAGCGAUCUGAAUGAUACGGCCAUCUACAAUGUCGUCGUGGGAGAGUUCCUGUUGGAUGGUGGAGAUGGUCAUGUAAUUAGGGACUCAGUCCACAAGCCACAGCGCCUCAAAAAUAACGAUAAGCAAGCCGUUUCCCAGUAUCUAAAGCAGCAGGAGUAUGUUUAUCCCGAGAUUGAAGGUCGUAUCAUUUUCACAAAUUCCGCCAGUGUACUUAUGGGCUCCUCAGCAGCCCUGCUCCUUAUCUCUUCCAUCCUGAUGAAGAUGAUUAGUUAGAAUAUUUUAGCUAUUAAAGAGCUUUAACCAUACCCCCAGUUUCUGCUUCGAUAUUAUGGUAUUUAAGAUGUUGAAUCAAAACUGUAAUAUUGGAGUACAAGUUCAAGGUGCCAAAAUAGCUUGUAUGUAUAAAGUGAAAACCUGCAAGUUAAAAUAAAAA